AUGCCAUUGGGAAGCCUCUUUGGCGGUAGCUCUGGUAGCUCAUUAAAACCACAACCAUUAUCUAAUGAAAAAAAAGAAAAGUCAAGUUCUUUUAAAAGUGGUUUAGUUUUUAAUGCCGAUAUUAAAAAAACAACUUCUUCCGGUAAAAAAACAACGAUAAAAUUAAAUAAGAUGACCUUUACUAUUGAAAAACAAAUUGCUGAAGGUGGUUUUGCUAUUGUAUUUUUAGUUUCUGAUAAAAACCAUAAAUAUUAUGCACUAAAACGUCAAUUAAUACGUGAUGAUAAUCCUCGAUUAGAAUCUUGUAAACGGGAAGCUAAUAUAUUAAAAACAUUUGCUGGUCACAAAAAUAUUGCCAAAUAUGAAACACAUUUAAUUACUCAAAAUAAAGCUGGUAUCUCAGAAUAUAUGUUGCUAACAUCAUAUUAUCCUUCAUCUGUUUUUCAAUUAAUGAAUGAAAGAUUAAAAGCUAACCAAACAUUACGUUUAACUGAAAUUUUUAAUAUCUUUGAAGAUAUAUGUCAUGCUGUUUAUGCUUUACAUACAUCAAAUCCACCAAUUAUUCAUCGCGAUUUAAAGAUUGAAAAUAUAUUAAUUGAUACAAAUAGUGGUGUUCAACAUAGACCUACUUAUGUUUUAUGUGAUUUUGGUAGUUGUACCAAAGAAAUAUUAUCACUAAAAACACAUGGUCUUAAUUAUAUAAUUGAAGAAAUUAAUAAAUGUACAACAUUAAGUUAUAGAGCACCAGAAAUGGUUGAUUUAUAUGAAGAAAAUACAAUAGGUGUAUCAUCUGAUAUUUGGGCUUUAGGUGUUUUAUUAUUUAAAUUGUGUUAUUUUCAAUUACCUUUUGGUGAGAGUAGUUUAGCUAUACAAAAUGGACAUUUUACUUUUCCUGAUAACAAACAUAUUCCAGAAUCAUUAAAAGCAUUAAUUUCAGCAUGCCUAACACCCAAAUGUGAUUUAAGGCCAAAUAUUUAUCAACUUUUAUCAUUGAUUUUAGAAAUCUCUGGUUUAAGUAAAGUUUUAAAAAAUCAUUUAAAUUCGCCAAAAUUGCCUUUGGAAGUUGUAAUUUCAAAUUAUAAAAAACGUUUUAAUAUACCAUUAGAUAGUGAUAAAAAACAAAUAUCAGGAUCAGUAAAUGAUAUAAAAAAUGAUAAAGAUUUAAUAGUUAAUGAAAAAUCAUUUGAUUGUAUUAUUGAUACUAAAAGACGUGAAAAUGAUAACAAUUUAUCUACCGGCUCUACAACAAUUAAUCCAAGAUUAAGACCUAGACCUAGUACAAUGAAUCAAAAAUUAAAUUUAAAUACACCAACAUUACCAAAAGAAUAUACUCAAAAUGAAUCUAAAUGUACACCAAAUGUUGAUGAAAAUUUUGCUGAUUUUGAUUCAUACCAAGAAUCAUUAUCAGCAAAAAAUACUGCACCCCCAAUACCACUAAUAAAAUCACCAAAUUCUGAUAGUUUAUUAAGAGCAAGCGCAUUUAAACCAUAUUAUAGUGUUAAAUCAUCAAUGACAGCAUCUAUUGGUUCAAAUUCAUCAGUAAGUGAAAAAUCUAAUGGUGGUAUUGAAUCAACAAUAAAUACAAUUGAUCCAUUUACUUCUGCUCCAUUUAUAAAAAAUAACAAUGAAGUUGAUGUUAAAGAGAUGAAUGAUCAGGAUUUUGUUAAACAAUUUGAUAAACUUAGAAAUAACUCGCAAAAAAAUUCCAAUAAAUCUUCAACAUCAGGGUUUGAAUUGGAACCAUACGAAAGACAUAUGAUUGAAACAGAUCCUUUUGGUUAUGCUCCAUUUACUCCUGUGAAAGAGUUAAGCAAAACUUAG